GCAGCCCCGAAUCAGGAAGUAGGAUGCCGUGACAGACAUUAGUAGGCAGAAGGAAAUGGGCACCACCACCACACAAUGUCACUAUGUCUGCUGCUGCCCCUGUCCAUGGUAACACAAGGACGAGAGGGAGGAGAGGGCACAGGGAAAUGACCCCAGCGUCGAUCAUGUUGCUGCUGGCUCUGACAGCCUGCCUGGCAGGGACUGUGUUCUGCCAGGGUGAUGAGGACACAAAUACUGUUGAAGAAACACAAACAGAAAAUGAUGCUGGGUUCUCAGUGAUCCCAACUGUAAGUGACGCUACCCCUACACCAGACUCAUACCUAUCAUCUGAGAGUCCUUCAGAGGGAUAUGAGACUGAAGCUGAAUCUGGUUCUGGAUUCAGUCCAGGUGUCAAUUCAGAAGGGGAGGAUCAGCUCAAAUCCUCUGAAGCACCACUGGAGGACAGUCUGAGUCUCACCUUCAUCCUGGUUCCUGUUGUGCUGGUGGUCGUGAUAAUCGCCAUGGUAGUGGGCGUAGUCAUAAUCAACCGCAGAUGGAAUCGGAAAGAAAAGAGCAAUUCUGAUCAUGUAGAAGAGGAUAAAUAUUUGCAUGGUAGCGAUGACACAGAAAACGUUCCAAUGCCCAUGUUUGAGGAUGAUGUCCCCUCUGUGUUGGAGCUGGAGAUGGAAGACCUGGAACAGUGGAUGAAUAAAGAUGGUGGAGUUCGAAUGGACUCUGGACAAGGGAUCUAACAUGAGAUCAUGGCUAGUCCCUAAAGAGUCAUGGAGUCAGUCAAUUCUCUCUCCCAACCGUCCUCUUGCUGUACUGCCGGUGACAAAGGACAUUUCCCCAUCGCAGGGAAGGACAUUCUGUUACCCAGCAGCACUGCAGGCUUCUUCUAUUCAUGUCAAUGUCAAGGCAAUGUCAUCAACCGACCACAUUGACAACGAGAAAGCAACACCUCCACCAAGGUGACUGCAAAAAACAGGAAAUGCUGAAUUUAUUUUCCAUUUCAGCAUAAACAAAAGACAAGUAACAAUAAAUACACAAGUUAAACGUUCUUAGAACGUAACAUCUUAAAAUCUGCGCACUCCACCGUCAAUUGUACUGUGGUAUAGACUUUAUGGAGAAACAGUGUGUGGCAAUAGUCCUUUCACUACACGGAUCCUGACUGUGGUCGGCCUAAUACUGAAUGCUUUUUGCAACGCCAUCAGUACAAUGCCUUUUUAGUCAUUGUUUCAAGUUCAUAUACACUUUUUAUGUGAUUGUUUUAUUGUCUUUUGUAUUCAGCUGUCAUGCAGUGAGAGAAGGAAUCAGUGAGAGAGGAAGGAGUAAAACACAGGAGGUUGGUGGCACCUUAAUUGAGGAGGAUGCGCUCGGGGUAAUGGCUGGAGCAGAAUGAGUGGAAUGCUAUCAAAUACAUCAGACACUUGGUUUCCAUGCGUUUGAUCCCGUUCCAUUCGCUCCGUUCCAGCCAUUAUUAUGAGCUGUCCUCCCUUCAGCAGCCUCCUGUGGAGUAAAACGUAUAAAACUAUUGCUGAAAGCAGGUGUCGGUAGCCAUGUUCUGACACCCAGACAACAAUAUCAGAACUUGACCUCCAAAGAUCCUACAGGCCCUCCCCUUUACAACAUAAACACAUAUUCCAUGCCCACAGUAAAGCCAUACCAGAUGGUAUAUAGUCUUAUUCCAACAGCCAACUAACCCAGUCCCAUGAUAGAUAUGAUGGCUCUAACCCAGUCCCAUGAUAGAUAUGAUGGCUUUAACCCAGUCCCAUGAUAGAUAUGAUGGCUUUAACCCAGUCCCAUGAUAGAUAUGAUGGCUUUAACCCAGUCCCAUGAUAUAUAUGAUGGCUCUAACCCAGUCCCAUGAUAGAUAUGAUGGCUUUAACCCAGUCCCAUGAUAGAUAUGAUGGCUCUAACCCAGUCCCAUGAUAGAUAUGAUGGCUCUAACUCAGUCCCAUGAUAGAUAUGAUGGAUCUAACCCAGUCCUAUGAUAGAUAUGAUGGCUCUAACCCAGUCCCAUGAUAGAUAUGAUGGCUCUAACUCAGUCCCAUGAUAGAUAUGAUGGCUCUAACUCAGUCCCAUGAUAGAUAUGAUGGCUCUAACUCAGUCCCAUGAUAGAUAUGAUGGCUCUAACUCAGUCCCAUGAUAGAUAUGAUGGCUCUAACCCAGUCUCAUGAUAGAUAUGAUGGCUCUAACUCAGUCCCAUGAUAGAUAUGAUGGCUUUAACCCAGUCCCAUGACAGAUAUGAUGGCUUUAACCCAGUCCCAUGAUAGAUAUGAUGGCUUUAACCCAGUCCCAUGAUAGACAUGAUGGCUCUAACCCAGUCCCAUGAUAGAUAUGAUGGCUCUAACUCAGUCCCAUGAUAGAUAUGAUGGCUCUAACUCAGUCCCAUGAUAGAUAUGAUGGCUCUAACUCAGUCCCAUGAUAGAUAUGAUGGCUCUAACUCAGUCCCAUGAUAGAUAUGAUGGCUCUAACCCAGUCCCAUGACAGAUAUGAUGGCUUUAACCCAGUCCCAUGACAGAUAUGAUGGCUUUAACCCAGUCCCAUGAUAUAUAUGAUGGCUCUAACCCAGUCCCAUGAUAGAUAUGAUGGCUCAACAAAUGUUUAUGCUAAAGACUAGCUAGUCUCUCCUCCUCUCCUCUGCUCUGUCCCUUCUGGUUGUAGUACACAGACUGCAUGUGGAUCUAUCUCUCUGUCUCUCUUUCACUCUCUCUCUCUCUCUGUCUCUCUGUCUCUUUGUCUCUCUCUGUCUCUCUCGCUCUCACAAACUCCGACUCUAAUUACGAAACCCUGUCUAUCGUUUUAUGCAUGAGAUAACUGAGAACUGCUGGUACACUGCUUUGCUUUGGUUCAUGCGCGUCACGCAAUGCUAAAGCUGUUUAGAAUUCAAGAGGGAUUAGGGAAGGUAAUUUCUGAGAUAGUCUGCGAGAUAUUUUCACAGAGUGCAAAUUUCAGUUGGGUUGUUAUAUACAGUGACUGUCUUGAGAUAUUUUGUUUUCCAUGAUUUUCUUUGAGAAACAGAAUUUCACAAUUACUGUCAUUACUUCCUAAGCAUGUCAUUCCUGUUGAUGGUACACUGUCUUUCAUUGGUUGAAUAUGUUUUUCCUCCAAUGAUAGUGGUGUUGUUGAUAUGCAAUCUGAAUCUACAAAUUCUCGUCACAUCAAUGUAUAAAUGUUAUGCUCAGCUCUAUGUGACAGUCAGUAUUUUGCAGUAACUUUCAUUGUAAAUAUGUGGAAGAUCUUUUUUUUUUACUUGCAUGUAUAUUUUUUAAAUGUGUAUAUUGUGUUUGAUUUGAUACAAAUAUUGAUAUUUGCUUAUGGUCAUAGGAGUGAAUUUGGUCCCUCAAUCUCUGUUAGGUCCUCAUACUUGUCAGUAAUUUAAGUGUUACAGCAGUAGUUAUUGUAGUAAAGAGUAAUAAUUUCAACAAGGAACCAACUGUCCGGACAAUAUAUUUGCAUAUUUGUAAAUCAUCAAUAAAUCUGUGACGCGCUACUUUGUUUGUGUGCGCGGGCCCAUUAAUGUGUGCCACUUCGUCUGUCCCUGUAUGUGUCACAGGAGGUUGGUGGCACCUUAAUUGGGGAGGACGGACUCGUGGUAAUGGCUGGAG